UCACUGAGUGUGAGUGUUUUCAUUCAUUGUGAGUGUCUCUCCAAUUGUCACAGAGUGAGAGUGCCUGAGAGAUAGUGCCCCUGAGCGUGAGUGCCCUUUAGUGAGUCAUGAUGGACGAGCUGCCCAGUUGUGCCCAGCGCAUUGACUCCUCUCAUAUCCCUGAGUUUGAGGUGCGGCUCGGGGUGAAGGUGACUCUCACAGUCCUGUAUGGGCUUCUCUUGGUUGCUGGGCUGCUGGGCAAUUCCUUAACAAUUCGGGUAUGCUCAGUGCUUUGCACCCGGGGCUACCUCCAGCCACCAGUCAGUCGCCACAUGGUGAGCUUGGCCUGCUCAGACCUGUUGCUGCUCAUUGUUGGACUGCCAGUGGAGUUGGUAUGGGGGGUCUGGCUGCCCUUCUCUUCUAGCCCAGGGGACAUGGCCUGCAAACUGUACUCCUUCCUCCUGGAGGCCUGUAGCUAUGCCACCAUCCUACAUGUGGCCACCCUCAGCCUGGAGAGAUACACUGCUAUCUGCCACCCUUUCCGCUUCCAGGUCCUGUCUGCCUCCAAGACUAGCUACCUGCUUAUCGCUUUGGCCUGGCUGAGUUCGCUGUGUGUAGCCGUUCCUCUUCUUUUUACUAUGGGAUCAGAAUAUCCACUCACCCCUACAGCAGGUCAGCAUUCAAACUGCAGCUGGACAUCUCAAAGUACCAACAAACUGGUCCCCACUAGUAACCUGGUCACUGCUUCUAAUAUAACUUUGUGCACCAACCUCUCCAACAGAUGGCCAGCCUUUCAGGCCAGUGUAUUCUCAGCCUUCUGUGUCUACAUCGUGGUACUGGGCUCUGUGGCCUUCAUGUGUCGCAGGAUGAUGAUCGUCUUGAUGGCCACCAAGAAAGGGACAGUGACUGUUAAAGGCUACGUGGGGGGUGCUGAAAUGACUAGGAGCAGCUCUUCCGAAGCAAAAUCGGCUCGAAAGCAAACCAUCUUCUUUUUAGGACUCAUUGUUGCCACUCUAGCAGUUUGCUGGAUGCCCAAUCAGAUUCUACGCAUUAUGGCAGCCACUACCCCAAAACAGGAAUGGUCAGUUCACUACUUCCGCACCUACGUGACGCUGCUUCCCAUAGCCGACACCUUCUUCUACCUGAGCUCAGUGAUAAACCCCAUCUUAUACAACAUCUCUUCAAAACAAUUCCGGGAGGUCUUUGUACAGGUCCUGCGCUGUCGCCUGACCAUUGAACAUGCCAACAAAGCCAAAUUCCUGCACAUACAAAACUCAGCUAAAAGCAGCACAAAUCAUAAACGCCCUUUAAUUCUCAGAUCCUUCCGACAAAGCUUUUCUUCAAACUUGGCAAUGGAGAAGCCACUGAGCACUUUUCAAAAACAGCCUGAGUCUAAUCAGACCUCAUCAAGCGGAACCUCAGCCGCUCCAGACAUGGAGCUACAAGUGGUCGAAACAGCAACCCAGGAGAACGGUUUGUGUGAAAGUGAAAUCUGAGGAGUAUGAUAUUAGAAAAAGACAGAGUAAAACACUCGGCUUUAUGUGCUUCUUUAUUACACGUUCAUCAUGUGCAUGAAUGUGUGGCCCUUUACUGGAACAGAACACCAGAUUAAUUCUGGCCUAACAUAA